UGUGAUCUCCGUUUGAAAACUCAAUGUUCGUCACCUUGCCGCUCAUUACCAGCAUCCUUACACUUAGAAUAAUUAUCUUAUAUAAAGUUUACAAUCAGCUAUCAAAGUUAUUCGAAUGAAGACUGGGCAAGAAGUUAUACGGUUUUUUGUUUUCGCGCAAUCGGUUUAGUGUGGUACCGACACUUGUGAGUGACAAAGUGGUGGAGAUUUGAAAAUUUAAAUUUUUUGACCGUGCUUACUGGGGUUUAUAAUGGCUAGAGCAAAGAUCAUCGAAAUAAAGGACAAUAUGUCAACAAAAGACAGGAUAAUACUGUGUGCUUCUGAAGCCGGUGGCACAGCCAUUCUGUUAUUCUUAGGUUGUAUGGGAUGUGUGAAUACAUUGUCAGCGGGCGGUGUUGUUCCACACGAACAACUUUCUUUCACAUUUGGACUUGCGGUGAUGGUAGCCAUUCAGGUGUUUGGACACAUUUCUGGAGCGCACAUAAACCCAGUCGUCACAGUAGCCGCUGCCACUCUAGGAAACAUCCCAUUGUUACAGGUGCCUAUUUAUUUCGUGGGACAGUUCCUAGGAGCCUUGCUGGGAUACGGAUUACUAUGGAUAGCAACACCAGACAUUCACCUUGGAAACGCCAUAAUUUCCGGCGUCAAGCAACCAGGAGUUUGUUCACCGAGUUUUAAUCCCAACAUAUCCCCAGGAGAAGCUUGCUUCGUCGAAUUCAUUCUAUCGCUGAUCUUGGUGCUUUUCUGUUGUGGAGUAUGGGACUCAAGAAACAGCGACAAACACGAUUCGGUACCUCUUAGGUUUGGAUUGGCAGUGGCUGUUUUGGCGAUGGCAGGGGUAAGCAAAAAAUGAGCAAACAUGAACCCUGCCAGAAGUUUCGUUCCUGCAUUAUUUAAUGGAGAUUGGCAGUACCAUUGGGUAUACUGGGUUGGUCCUUUAUCUGCUGGAUUCGUAGGUGGUCUUCUGUACAGACUGAUUUUCAAGAAGAGCCCAACAGAGUCAAGCGAUACCAUUCCAGAAGCAAUAGCACUAAACCAAAAACCGUAGAAGUAAAACUAAAUAUAGUUACCUUAGUUUUUUAAGGUAUCUGCCUCGUAAAUAUUGUUGUUGUUAAUUCUCGUACACUCUAGGCGAUUGAAAGUGAACAAACAGAACCGCACGUAUGCCCUGGCAUGCGCAAGUAUUUGUUCCUUACACUAAUGAAUGUAUUCGCACGAAUUCGUUCGUUAUUUCAUUUUGUCGCACCGAUCUUAUACUUAUUAUAUGAGUAUUAUACCGAAAUAUAAUAAACGUAGAGUAUCUUAUUAAUAAUAAUAGCAAUAAUAUUAAUAAUUAAAAACCCAACCAAGCUAUUGAAAAAAUAAUUCAUACUUGCUACUCCCUACUGUUUGAUUUCAUAUUUUUUAGCGAAUGAAUUGGUUCUACGUAUAUACGAGCACACUGCACACCGCAUGCGGACGAAAAUCCUUUGAAGUACCGACAGCCGAUAGAACACUACCCAA